CGCAACACACGACAGUUUAUUGAGCUCAGCCUCGAGCGCCCUCUUCUCCUCCGGACCAAACUUAGCGACAAGAAAGGCUGUUAUUUACUGUUUUUUUUUUCGUUCUCUAGUCUCAUAACAGUUGAGCUCCGUCCUCUUUGGCCGCCCGCACAACCGUAAACAUGGUUGAAGAAUCAACUCUACCCAUUCGUGAGAAACCUGCGGAAGAGGGUGCCUCGAAGCCGGUAGCUACAGAGCAGCACAUAGACCCAUGGGAUGUGCAGGCAGCCACGGACGAGGCAGGAAACGUGCUUGCAUUCGACUACCCGGCAAUAUCGAGGAAAUGGGCGACAAAAUUAAUUGACCAACCACUCCUGGAACGAUUCGAGCGACUCACAGGUCAUAAACCACAUCGCUGGUUGCGAAGAGGACUCUUCUUUUCACAUCGCGAUUUCGAUCUCAUCCUUAACAAGUACGAAUAUGGCGAGCCUUUUUUCUUGUAUACAGGCAGAGGCCCAAGCAGCGGCUCCCUGCACUUGGGACACACGAUACCAUUCCAGUUCACAAAAUGGCUCCAGGACGUCUUUGAUGUUCCCCUAGUUAUUAUGUUAACGGAUGACGAAAAGGCGCUUUUCAAGGACAAGCUUACUUUUGAAGAGACUCAUAAGUACGCUCUUGAGAAUGCCAAGGAUAUCAUAGCUUGCGGUUUCGACCAGAAGAAGACAUUCAUUUACAGCGAUCUCGAAUACAACAGCGGACAUAUGCUGAUGAAUAUGUGGGAAUUCGCGAAGCUUGUCACGUUCAACCAAGUUAGGGGUGCGUUCGGCUUCAACGAGUCAACAAACAUUGGCAGGAUCGUAUUCCCGGCUCUACAGUGCGUUGCGGCUUUCGCGACGAGUUAUCCAGAGAUCUGGGGCCAUGACAAGACCAAAGAUCGGACAAAGGCUAUGGGCAAGAUUCCUUGCUUGAUUCCUUGUGCUAUUGAUCAAGAUCCUUACUUCCGUCUAGUCAGAGACAACUGCCAUAGGAUGAAGAAUCCGUCACCCAAGCCAGCACUUAUUCAUUCAAAAUUCCUUACGGCUCUUCAGGGUGCUGGCGGCAAGAUGUCUGCAAGCGACCCUAAUAGUGCAAUCUUCAUGACCGACACGCCUAAGCAGAUACAGAAAAAGAUGGGAGGUGCAUUUUCGGGCGGUCGAGAAACCGUGGAAGAGCAUAGAAAAUACGGUGGAAACCCGGAUGUGGACGUGGCGUUCCAGUAUUUGACCUACUUUGAGGAAUCGGACGAGAAGAUUGCCGAGGUGGAGGCUGCAUAUCGCAAGGGUGACUUGUUGACCGGGGAGCUGAAGAAGAUGGCGAUUGAGCUUUUACAGAAAUAUGUGAAAGAAUUCCAGGAGAACCGCAAAGCCGUCACGGACGAGGUGCUGAAGAGCUACAUGACGCCACGAAAACUGGAGUGGAAGGGCAAUCCAAACCCAGCGGCGAAACCAGAAAAACCAAAAGGAGGAGCGGAAAAGAAGAAAGCAGACGCUAACGGUGCAGCCUGAUAGGCGCUUUACGUUUGAUUCAUGAGAUCGACUGCAGUCUACUAGUCCUAUCGCAAGCAUAUGAGAAGAGAUUUGUCAUGUUUGAUAGAGGGCUCGUAUUGCGUGCAAUUGCAAGCUGCCAUCCGAUGGCCUUUGAUAGCGCCAUGCAUGUGAUGUGAGGCUUUGCACGCGCUAGACAUAAGAUGAAUGUAGACGACAAAAGUCAAUAGCAACAAAGCUUUAGUACAUGACAAGUAGACUGUUGCAAACAGGGACUGUCUGUGUUGACACCCGAUGCGCUGUCAAUCAAGUAUCGUCUUGAAUCGUGG